GAAGCUAAAAUGGCCUGCCACGCUAUUUGAUCGACUUCCAAUGUGGAUUACGACUGGGGUGAUCGGUUUAAUUGGUUGUUCGAGUGAAUCCAAAACUUGCGACAAGAAUGUGGGAUAUGAUUCGAUGUACAAUGUUAAACCGAGCGGGUACUUUUUAAUGGACGUACUAAACUGGUUCACAAAAACAGAACGAUGUAAGAAAGCGAGCGCCGUGUUGCCGGUCUAUUAAAGUUAUCGUUUUGUCAACACCAUCGACUCACUGUUAUCGAUUUACGUGCACCAGUGGAUCGUACUGUUGAGUGGACACACGCCUCUGUUUGAUAUAUGCUGUAGGCUAUCCUGAUACUUCGCAGUUUUACGGAAUAUGUUUACGUUAAACUAUAAAAGAAAAAUGUGUGGAAAGUACGAGUGCUGUUUUGUGUUUACGUUUCUGUUUACAUUUGUUAAUCUAAGGUAAACGAAGGAUUAAUGCGGUUAAGCCCAGAUUCGCUGAACAUGUUAGGCUAAAUGUUUACAUGAAUCUAAAAAAAAUUAUAUGUGUGAAGACUACGAAGUUUACGUUUUCUGUCGCCAUUUUUAAAUCUAAUGUAAAUAAGGGUUGACGCGCAGAAACCCAUUUUCAGCGUAUUAUUAAUUGGUUUUACUUCGAGUCAUGACUGGCCUAAAAGAAGUCUGCGUCAAGUUUUAUUCAUUGUCAUGUUAUCAGAUUCUGACGUUCAAGCGGAAGAAGUUGCCGAAAUCUUUGAUUUCUCAGAAAAUUACUCCUUCUUCGGGAAUAGGGCGCUCAUAAACAGUCUCGUGGACAUUAGUGAGGAAGUCAAGUUUUUUCAGUACACGCCAGGCAGUUCUUUAAACGGAUGUGAGUUUGAUGAUGGCGUCAGUAGUUGGUCGCAACCGGUUUCCCGCCGAAAAUACGAAACUAAUACUAAACCCCAAAGAAAACGAAGACCUUUGGUAGAUUGUGAAAAACCCAGAGCAGUUAUUCGAAUGGUAAGUGAUGAUUAUAAUAACAAUUUUAGUUCAGAGCUGUGGAAGUCGAAUGUUGAACCCGGGACAUUUCGGUACAUUCCAAACAACGGACAGUACAGAUUAGGUAAAAUGGUGCGAGAAGAGAGAGACUGGUUCACCGUCAGGAAGAAACAACCAGAAAAGGUCACACCAAUACUACAAGCACUGUACGUCCAGAGGGAAAUUAAGACACUGACAAGAAAUAAUCUGGAAUUAAAAAGAUCAACUAAUACUGACGGGGAAAGUAAAGGAACAAAAAGUGUUGGUCCAGAGGAGUCAAAUGAAGUGAUUUUGAGAAAAGAAUCGGACGCACAUUUGACGAAAUCGGCCACCGAUCUGUAUAUCGAGAAUAUUCCCAGCCGUUUGGAUGUGUUGGAGAAGGAAAUAAAACGAGACAACGCUCUUGUUCGCAGAACGUUGGACUUCGAGGAGAGCGCGAAGCCACACCCGGCUAGGAGCAAAUACCGGGAACAGAAAGCAGUGAAGGAAUGUUUCUGCGCUAGUACUAGUUCUAGUGCAAACAGUACGCAAGAUGAGUGUCCGCCUCAAGAAGGGAUUGUUAUAAAAGCCCUGGGGGCGCUCGAGAAACUCCGACCUCUGGAGAAAGUCACUCCGCAGCAGCGUGCCCUGCAGGACGUGAGGAACGAGAAGAUUCCACAUAAACCUCACGUGGAGAUGACGACAUCAGUGGUAGCAGCAGUAACAAGCGUUGAGGAAUGCAGCUCCACGAAUAGCGUGAGACACGAACCCACGAACCUUGAGGAUCUCGAUCCAGUUCAACUGAAAAUCACGUCAACUGCUGCUGCCAGCAGUCAGUCCUGUACGACCACAGGACGUUUCGAGAAUGGCAAAGGAGAACCGACCAGAAGCAACCGUUCCAAGCUGAAGUCUCAAGGCGCGAAAAUGAGCAGCACGUUUCUGUCGACUCCGGACAUGUACUCUACUGAUUUCGACUACGUCAGACCUGAGGGUGAGGUGUGCGGAACGAAGGCGAUCAUCUCCAACAAGCAGACUUCUCGCAGCGUACCCAGCAAGAACUCGCAGUGUUCGAACCUUCCAGACAUUUCUGGAAGGAGAAUCCAGAUUUCAGUGACGUCACAGAGGCUUCUGUAGCCCGGAUAUUCAUAUUGAAUCCACUUUAGUGCUUUGUGUAGUGUGUCCAGAACUGGAUUCGGAAUUUAUUAGGAUGAGGUUUAAGUUCAAUAGUGAAAUAAUUAAUAUCGAUAAAUUGAAGAUGAACUAGUACAAUUUCAGGUUGUAUAGGAAUGAAUGAUAAUAAUAAUAAUAAUAAUAAUAAUGUAAUAUAUAUUAUUCACAAGGCCUUUAGACCUUUAAAAAGGUGAGUCGACCAUUCGUACAAAUGUUUUACAAAAUAAGUCAUUCGGUGCAGUAUUUUGUGAAAUUGUGAUGCUACAGCAAAUAGUUUUAAAGUGAUAAUGCAUCGUCUUUUCAGGUCAUCCAAUAUAAAUACAAAUCACCUUCCCCGUUGCCGCAAAGGUCUUCCUGAUGAGGAUAAGUAAUGGAAAAAAAAAAAGCCAAAUGUAAUAUUUGUAUUUUAUCUCUCCCCCCCCCCAUGCCCCCCCCCCCCCCCCAGGAAAUUCUAUAGCGAUUGCAGUUGGUGAUUGAGAGGGUCAUUCAUAGAAAGCCCCGUUACCGCCAAAGUCUUCCUAAUGUAAAUAGUUAAAGCAAAUAUGCAGUAAUUCCAUUUUACCCAAGGCUGAUCCCAUCCCUAACCCCGUCCCCCUCACCGUGGUUUCCAGCGAGUUGAAGCGUGUAACUGGGAAGGUCGUCUGUGAAACUUGAAAUCACAAUAUGCACGAGAUUGUUAUUUCGAGCCUUGGCCGUUCAUAAAAUAUUAAACAUAUUGGAGUGACUAUAAAAAUAAUAAUAAUAAUUUCAUGUUUAAAAAAAAUGGCAAAAACUUUAAAAUAAUUUCAUCUUUAUUAUUUCAAAUGUCCAAGGGACUUGCAUAAACUUAAUAAACUCGAAAAGAACAAUCAAAUUCUACUUAUUAUUCAUUGUAAAUAAAAAAAAUAUAUAUAUUAGUAUAUUUAGUUUUUAUAAAAGUAAAUACAUAAAACUGCAUAUCUUUGCCCAACCCUACCUCUCGCUAAAUCGUUAAGUCAUUUUGAAACCUUGAUACGCAUUUAACACAACAGCAUAACAAAUUAUGACCUCAGCAAAUAUAUAUAAAAAUUUACUUUUUUUUCUGUUUUCAAAUGCGUGUGUUUGUGUGUAUGUAUAAACGACACGGUUUGGGAACAUCAUUAACUGCUAGUGAUAUGCAAUAAUGAGCAGAAACGCAAAUCUUCCAAGCAAUGCAAUAUUCAGAGGUAUGAAUAUUAUUGAAUAUGUUUUUAUUUCAUUGUGGAUAUCUUGGUUUAGUUUUUCAUGUUGUAGAUAUGUUAAUCAAUAGCAAUAUACUGAAUGAACGAAUAUGGCUGGAUGAUAGAAUGGUUGAUUGUGGAUGGGUGGAAAGGUGGACGGACGGAUGCAGUAACCAGCAACUGUUGCCAGUAUCGGUCACAUUGUUGAGUUACAUACAGAUGUAUCAAAAUAUUUUAUUUUCAUAUAGAAAAUAUAGCAUGGCCACAGUCACGUAUAUUAAGUGUUUUUAAAAUAUUAUUUUGUAUUUGAAUAUACGGUUCUAAAAAUGUAUUUAUUGUUUAUUAAAUGAGAAAUGUAA